AUGACUUCUUUCGUUCUUUCUUCUUCGUUCCGCCAUUUCUCUUCAGACAUAAAAAAAAACAAUGUCCCUUUCUCUUGUCCCUUAUUAUUUCUAAUAUUUACAGAUUUGUUACCUCCUCUUUCCCCAUUCUCUGUCGCUUUCCCUCUCUAUCUUUUUAUCCUCUUUUCUUUUUUCAUAUGCUUUCUUUCUUUCUAUUCUAUUCUUUCUUUCUUUCUAUAUUUUCUUUCCAUACAUUAUUUAUCUUUCACUGUAUACUUCCUUUCUUCCUAUACUUUCUUUCUUUCUUUCUUUCUUUCUUUCUUUCUUUCUUUCUAUUCUUUGUUUCUAUACAUACUUUCUAUAUUUUCUUUCUUUCUUUCCAUCUUUCCACACUUUCUUUCUUUUCUUUCUUUCUUUCUUUAUUUAUUUUCUUUCUUCCUUUAUUUCUAUUCUUUCUUUCUAUGCAUAUUUUCUAUAUUUUCUUACUUUCUCUCUUUAUUUUCUUGCUUUCUUUCUUUUUUCUUUCUUCCUUUCUUUCUAUUCUUUCUUUCUUUCUUUAUUUAUUUAUUUAUUUAUUUAUAUACUUCCUUUUUUUCUUUUUUCCUGUACUUUCUUUCUUUCGUUCUUACUAUAUUUUUUUUCUUUUUUUUUCUCCUUAUACUUUCUUUUCUCAUUUUCUCAUUCUCAUUUAUUUUAUCUCAUCCUUUAUUUAUGUUCUUUCUUUCUUUUUUCUUUCUUUCUUUCUUUCUUUAUUUAUUUAUUUCUACACUUUCUUUCUUCCCAUACUUACUUUAUUUAUUUAUUUAUGUAUUUAUUUUCUUUCUCCCUUUAUUUCUGUUCUUUCUUUCUUUCUAUUCUUUGUUUCUAUACAUAUUUUCUAUAUUAUCUUUCUUUCUUUCUUUCUUUCUUUCUUUCUUUCUUUCUUUCCUUCUUUCUACACUUUCUUUCUUUCUUUCUUUCUUUCUACACUUUUCUUUUUCUUUCUUUUUUUUUUCUUUCUUUCUUUCUUUCUUUCUUUCAUUUUUUCUUUCUUUCAUUUUUUCUUUCUUCCUGUACUUUCUUUCUUUCUUUUUAUAUUUUCUUUCUUUUUUUCUUCUUAUACUUUCUUUCUUUCUUUCUUUCUUUCUUUUCUUUCUUUCUUUCUUUCUCCCAAUACUUUCUUUCUUUUUUUUUUUUCUUCUGUCUUUCUUUUUUCUUUCUUUCUCCCAAUACUUUCUUUCUUUCUUUCUUUCUUUCUUUCUUUCUUUCUUUCUUUCUUUCUUCCAAUACUUUUAUUCUUUCUUUUUUCUUUCUUCUUUCAUUCUUUCUUUCUCUCCCAAUACUUUCUUUCUUUCUUUCUUUCUUUUUUCUUUUUUCUUUCUAUUCUUGAUUUAUUUAUUUAUUUAUUUAUUUCUAUACUUCCUUUUUUUCUUUUUUUCCUGUACUUUCUUUCUUUCGUUCUUCCUAUAUUUUCUUUCUUUUUUUCUCCUUAUACUUUCUUUUCGUCUUUAUUUAUUUUAUCUCAUCCUUUAUUUCUGUUAUUUCUUUCUUUCUAUUAUUUCUUUCUACACUUUCUUUCUUCCCAUACUUACUUUAUUUAUUUAUUUUCUUUCUUUCUUUUUUCUUUCUUUCUUUUUUUCUUUCUUUCUAUUCUUUGUUUCUAUACAUACUUUCUAUAUUAUCUUUCUUUCUUUCCUUCUUCCUACAAAUUCUUUCUUCCUAUUCUUUCUUUCUUUCUUUCCUUCUUUCUACACUUUCUUUCUUUCUAUCUAUCCUUCAUUUUUUUCUUUCUUCCUGUACUUUCUUUCUUUCUUUCUUUCUAUAUUUUCUUUCUUUUUUCUUCUUAUACUUUCUUUCUUUCUUUCUCCUAAUACUUUCUUUCUUUCGUUUUUCUUUCUUCUGUCUUUGUUUCUUUCUUUGUUUCUUUUUUUUCUUUCUUUUUUUUUCUUUCUUUCUUUCUUUCUUUCUUUCUUUCUUUCUUUCUUUCUUUCUUUAUUUAUUUAUUUAUUUAUUUUCUUUCUUCUUCAUUUCUAUUCUUUCUUUCUCCCAAUACUUUCUUUCUUUCUUUUUUCUUUCUUUCUUUCUCUCCCAAUAAUUUCUUUCUUUCUUUCUUUCUUUCUUUCUUUCUUUCUUUCUUUCUUUCUUUCUCCCAAUACUUUCUUUUUCUUUCUUUCUUUCUUUCUUUCUUUCUUUCUUUCUUUCUUUCUUUUUAUACUUACUUUCUAUAUUAUCUUUCUUUCUUCCUAUUCUUUCUUCCUAUUUUUUCUUUCUUUCUUUCUUUCUUCUCCAAUAUUUUCCUUUUCCCAUGCUUCUUUUCUCACGCCUCUCACCCUGCUCUCUUUUCUUCAUAUCACUUUGAUAUUUAGCUAA